UCCACGGCUGACCUCGUACAACCCCGCCCCCAGCCUGUUCCUGCCUCCAAUCAGCUAAACCCGCCCACCCGGUGGCUGGCCGUAGCGUCUGGCUGCGUCUCGCUUCCCAGAGCUGGGAGAGUCUGGGCCCGCACUGAGCGUUACACUGGGAACCCUUCAGGCCGGAGAUGCCGGGACAGAGCCGGAGAGGGGAGCGGAGGUUGCUGGUGGCCGCGCUGCUGCUGCUCAUUGCUGGGACGCGGCUCUCGGGAGCGGCAGCACCGGGGAAGGAGUGUGAGAAGCCGUGUGUGUCCGGAGUGUGUCAGCCCAGCACCGGCCAGUGUGUGUGUGACCCGGGCUGGACCGGAGACCAAUGUCAGCACUGCGGGGGCCGCUUUAUGUUAACUGGGCCAAGUGGGUUUGUGACGGACGGACCCGGAAACUAUAAAUAUAAAACAAAGUGCACGUGGCUCAUCGAAGGGAGUGAGAAUACGGUGCUCCGUCUUCGCUUCAAUCACUUUGCUACGGAGUGCAGCUGGGACCACCUCUACGUCUAUGACGGGGAUUCCAUAUACGCCCCUCUAGUGGCAGCUUUCAGUGGUCUCAUUGUUCCUGAGAGAGAAAGCAAUAAUUCAGUGCCAGAGGUCGCUAUCACAUCUGGAUAUGCCUUGUUGCAUUUUUUCAGUGACGCAGCUUACAAUCUAACAGUUAACAUCAGCUACAAUCUGGACGCGUGUCCCAAUAAUUGUUCAGGGAGAGGCGACUGUACCCAGAAGCCUAACGGCGACAUUUCCUGCGAUUGUGCAGAGAACUGGAAGGGAGAGGCGUGUGACAUUCCCUACUGUCUGGAUAACUGUGGAUUACCCACCCAAGGAGUCUGCGAUGUCAACAAUACUAAAAGCUGCAUUUGUGAAGAUGGCUGGCAAGGUCCCAGCUGUAACGUGUCGGUCCCAGCAGACGAGUCAUUUUGGGUGAGGGAAGAAUUGUCAGACCCCAAACUGGCCCGAGCGUCCCACAGAGCAGCGGUGGUGGAUGAUGUGAUGUGGAUUGUCGGGGGCUACAUGUUCAAUCACUCCGGCUACCAGAUGGUUAUGGCGUAUGACUUGGCUUCCCGUAAGUGGCUGUCACUUAACAACUCAGUGAAUUCUGUGGUUGUGCGCUAUGGACAUUCCCUGGCACAGUACAAGGAUAAACUCUACAUGUACGGAGGGAAAAUAGAUGCCACAGGGAAUGUCACAAACCAGCUGCACGUGUUCCAUAUUCAGAACCAGUCGUGGGUUCAGAUCUUCCCCAAUGCCAAUUAUCAGUAUGCGGUGGUGGGACAUUCUGCCCAUAUUGUCACCUUGAAGGAUGACAGCGUGGUGAUGCUCGUCUUCUUUGGACAUUGCCCUCUCUACGGCUAUAUCAGCAACAUCCAGCAGUACUCUCUAGAUACAAACGUGUGGGAGAUUGUCCCGACGCAGGGGGCGCUGGUACAAGGCGGGUAUGGGCACAGCAGUGUGUAUGAUGAGAAGAGCAGAUAUAUUUAUAUACACGGAGGAUACAAGGCUUUCACUGCCAAUAAGUAUCGCCUGGCUGAUGAUCUGUACAGGUAUUCUGUGGAUGAUCGCAGUUGGAUGAUUCUCAAGGACAGCCAGUUCUUCCGAUAUCUGCACUCGGCAGUGAUAAUUGGCAGCACCAUGCUUGUGUUUGGCGGCAACACCCACAACGACACGUCCAUGAGCCACGGGGCCAAGUGCUUCUCCUCGGAUUUCAUGGCAUACGACUUCGCCUGUGACCACUGGUCUGUGCUUCCUCACCCCGUGUUCCAGCAUGACGUGAGUGUGGAUCGAUUCGGUCACUCCGCUGUUUUGAGGAACAGCACAAUGUAUGUGUUUGGAGGGUUCAACAGUCUCUUGCUGAGUGAUGUGCUGACGUUCACCCCGAGAAGCUGUGAGACUUACAAAAACGAAAGUGUUUGCACGGCGGGUGAACCUGGACUCCGGUGUAUGUGGAACGCCAGCUUCUCAGUGUGUUCUUUGUUAGAGAACGUCACCCUCGAGCAGGACGAUUUGGUCUCGUGUCCCAAUAAAACAAUUGCAGACAAUGAGAAGUGCGACCAAUACACCGACUGCUUCAGCUGCACAAUCAAUUCCCAUGGCUGCCAGUGGUGCAACGAUCACUGCUUCUCUCUCAACAGCAACUGCAGCGCAUCUCAGGGUGCUAAAGCCGCGUAUGAUCAGUGUCCCAAAAACCCAGGAUUUUACUGUAACAAGAAGACCAGUUGCAAGAGCUGCGCCAUGGAUCAGAACUGCCAGUGGGAACCCAAGAACCAAGAGUGUAUUGACCUGCCAGAAAACAUCUGUGGGGCCAAUUGGCAUUUAGUUGGAAGCUCCUGCUUUCGGAUCACCAGCGCCAAGGACAACUACGAUAAUGCCAAGCUGGCCUGCCGCAAUCAGAAUGCCUACCUGGCCUCUCUCACCAGCCAGAGAGAAGUGGAAUUUGUCAUAAAGCAGCUGCAGAGGAUGAAGACGGACCUCACGCCCUGGGUGGGACUUCGGAAGAUCAACGUGUCGUACUGGUGCUGGGAAGACAUGUCUCCCUUUAGUAACAGCACCCUGCAGUGGCAGCCGGCAGAGCCCAGUGACGCGGGAUUUUGCGGGUACCUUGCUGAGCCUUCCGUCAUGGGUCUGAAAGCGGCGACUUGUAUCCAACAAAUCAACGGCAGCGUCUGUGAACGGCCAGCCAAUUACAGCGCUAAGCAGUGUCGAACCCCUUGUGCAUCUCGGGGGAGCUGCGGGGAGUGCACCAGUGGCAGCUCAGAAUGCAUGUGGUGCAGUAAUAUGAAGCAAUGUGUGGACUCCAACGCUUACGUGGCUUCCUUCCCGUUUGGCCAGUGUAUGGAGUGGUACACAAUGAGCACCUGCCCACCGGAGAACUGCUCAGGGUAUCGCACCUGCGCUCAGUGUUUGGAACAACCUGGAUGUGGCUGGUGCACAGACCCGAGUAACACGGGCAAGGGCCAAUGCAUGGAGGGGUCACAUAGAGGCCCCAUGAAGUUUAUUAAUAGCACCCAGGCUAAAAUCAGUAUCCCUGCACCCGUCCUGAAUGUCAGCAUGUGCCCAGUGGAGAACAAUUAUAACUGGUCUUUCAUCUCGUGUCCAGCGUGCCAGUGUAAUGGGCACAGUAAAUGCAUCAACGAGAGCACCUGCGAGAAAUGUGAGAACCUGACCACAGGCAAAAACUGUGAAUCCUGCAUUUCCGGCUUUUAUGGAGACCCCACUAACGGAGGAUCCUGUCAGUCCUGCAAAUGUAACGGGCAUGCGUCAAUGUGCAACACCAACACGGGCAAGUGUUUCUGUACCACCAAAGGAAUUAAAGGGGAGGAGUGCCAGCUAUGUGAAGUGGAAAAUCGCUAUCAAGGAAACCCCCUAAAGGGAACAUGUUACUAUUCGUUGCUGAUAGAUUACCAGUUCACCUUCAGCCUGUCCCAAGAAGACGACCGUCACUACACUGCAAUUAAUUUCGUGGCAACCCCUGAAGAGCAAAACAGAGACUUGGACAUGUUUAUCAAUGCGUCUAAAAACUUCAACCUCAACAUAACGUGGGCGACGAGCUUUACAGCUGGGACCCAGGCAGGAGAAGAGAUACCCAUUAUCUCCAAGACCAACAUCAAGGAAUACAAGGACAGCUUCUCCAACGAGAAAUUCGACUUCCACAAUAACCCCAACAUCACCUUCUUUGUCUAUGUCAGCAACUUCACGUGGCCGAUUAAAAUUCAGAUCGCAUUUUCCCAGCACAGCAACUUUAUGGACUUGGUACAGUUCUUUGUGACGUUUUUCAGCUGUUUCCUCUCUCUGCUCCUCGUGGCUGCCGUCGUCUGGAAAAUAAAGCAGAGCUGUUGGGCUUCAAGACGCAGAGAGCAACUCAUCCGGGAGAUGCAGCAGAUGGCCAGCCGACCUUUUGCGUCCGUCAACGUUGCCUUGGAAACAGACGAGGAGCCCCCUGAUCUGAUUGGGGGGAGUAUAAAGUCCGUACCAAAACCUAUAGCCUUGGAACCUUGUUACGGCAACAAAGCAGCUGUUCUCUCAAUAUUUGUACGGCUUCCUCGUGGCUUAGGGGGUAUUCCACCUCCAGGUCAGUCUGGUCUCGCCGUGGCCAGCGCUCUAGUAGACAUCUCCCAACAGAUGCCAUUAAUCUACAAGGAGAAAUCGGGAGCGGCGCGAAAUCGGAAACACCAGCCGCCUGCCCAGCCCGGCACCUGCAUUUGACAUUGGGCCACUGAACUCUAGGGAUUUCAUUAUUAACACGUCGGAGCCAUUGGAGCGUUUUAUUGUGAUGGCACCGCCCAGACGCGCAUGGAUCUCCUCGCCAGAAUCCCUUUUACGGACACGCGGUUUUCCUUCCGUUCGGUCUUUUUUUUUUUUUGGUUGUUGUUUGAGUUAUCAUGUACUAUUUUCCGUUUCUCUAGGAAAAGAAUCUUAACUUAUUCUCCCUCUGAAUAAACUGUACAGGCCCAUCAUGUGCUGCUCAGGUGAUAAGGUUGGAUCAUUUCUUCAGCUGCUCGCGGUUUUGUAUCCACCCAACGAGGAGACCUUCCCGGAAUUGUUCCAAACCCUGAAUUUUCUACGAGAAAGUUCAAAACGACUCUUUCUAUUUGUGAGCUGUGGGGGUUACCUGCCUGAAGUUUAUGGAUUUGGACACCCCCCCUUUUUCCGGGUUCUCGCUGGGCACAGACGGGACUUAUACCGCUCAGCAGGGAGCAUCCGUGGAUUGUGAUUGGCUAUUGAGUUGCGCCGACCUGUAAAGUGAAAGGAAGAGGAAUUGUGAGCGAGGAAAUAAGACAAGAAACAUGGGGCUCAUUAUAUUGCGAUGGUACUGAGGGGGGGCAUCGACGCUUUCUUACCAUUAAGAGCACAUUGCUAAUUCCAGUAAAUAAAUGUAAAUGAUUUUAA